AUAAAACGUGACGUUUGGAGCAACCACAUCGCGAUCGUUUUGGUCUGUUCUGUGUUCUAUCUCUCACACUCAUCACGUAUCGCACAAUCCCCAUUCAGUAACAAAAGAAGAGCAGCAAAGCUUGCCAUAGCACCUCGUUAGUCCAUCAAUCAAUGCACCAUGAGUUCCAUUACUGCUUUUGAGCCUACCCCAGUGUCGCCAGAACACGAUCCUGCGCUGUUUAGUGGAGAUGCUAUCACCGAAGAUGAAUUUGCCGCUUUGGACUCAUUGUUUGGCGGUGAUGAAGGCGACGACUACGCCAACUACGAUGGAGAUCUAGGGGGUAUUUUUGAUGUGACAGAUGCUUCGUUAUUUGGGAUCGUGCCCGUAUCGGCACCCGAUGACUCUGACGGCAUGGGUAAUCUCGUAGAAGCAAUGGAAAAAGCAGGCAAGCCGAGACCAAAGGCGACUGAACUGAUUGCGGAAACGUUGAAGGCGUUGCCAACGGAAGAACGAGAGCGAAUUGUCAAGGAGCUAUAUGGAAUUGCCAACAGCUUUCCUCCCCCCAACUACCACGCAGACAGCAAGUCAGCAUCCUCUAUGCAGUACAUACCGCAAGAUGAAGAUGAUCCAAUUUUUAUUGGGCAAAAACUGGAAGAGAUGGAGGAUCAUCUCAAAAAAUACAAGUCCUCUCCAUCUUGGAACUUGCGGAUUACUGCCAUUCAAAUGGCAGAGUCUCAAAAUAUGGAGUAUGUCCAAAAUGCCAAGUUUCGGCUUAAAUUCAUCCGAGCAGAACGGUAUGAUGUCAGACGAGCUGCUGCUCGCUUGAUUCGAUUCUUUGACUUGAAAUUGGAACUCUUUGGGGCAGAAGUUCUAACAAGGUCCAUCACUCUGAAGGAUCUGACAGCUGAAGACCGAGAGACGGUGAAAAAGGGCUAUACUCAACGUCUCCCAGUUCGAGAUCGUGCAGGCAGGUCUAUUUUUUGCCAUGUCUUCAAUGGGCAAACCUACGAGUCACCAGAAAGUUUCGUUCGAAUCAUGUGGUACAUGAGCAAGUCAGAUGAGCAAUCUGACAAGCGUGGGACCAUCAACAUAUUCUUCAAGCUCAAGGAUUACAAGUUCAAGAACUGCAACAGAGCGUUUGGUGGUACCUUGUUUAUAGGACGCAUGAUGGCUGCUGCACCAUGGCGGGCUGAUGCCAUGCACAAGUUUCUGGAGAACGAGAAUUCCUUAGACCUCUCAACAAAAGUGAUGAACAAACUGGUGGACUAUUGCACUGCGUUCAUAGUACCAGAAAUUCGGGCCAGAACUAGAAUUCAUCAUGGAACUCAUGAGGACUGGGUCAAAGUCCUGAUGUCGUUUGGAAUUCCGGCCGACGUUAUCCCGCUAACCUACAGCUACAAAAUCAAAACAAAAAAUCAUCUGGAGUAUCUGGCUAUGCGAGCCAAAGCAGAGGAAAUCAUGGAGCGUUACCCUGGUACCAAUCAAGAUAUUUUGAUAGACCUUCCCGCUCGCAGUGAUGUACUGUUGGGAAAGGGGAAACCCAUUCAGUUCUCAAGCGGCAAUCAACGUCUGAUGACCAUUAUUGACAGUUAUUUGGACCAGUACCACAACAAAUGCUCCAAGCAUGAGAAGACUGAGUUGACUGCUGAAAUUGUCAGCAUGCUAAAAGACAGCGGAGUGAGGUUUCUUUGCAAAGAUAGUGGCAUCUGGCUUGAGGUAACCGACGACUUGGCAAGGGGCAAGAUUAGCUACAUGUUCCGCCACCAACGGGGAAGGACACCUGCUAAGAAUGGAAUAAGCGCGACAGGAGUGGUUCGUCAAGUACCCUCUGGAGACGAGAACAAGACAGAUGCGGCAGCCUUGGCCAAUGAUUCCAAGCGUGUCAGGGUGGGAGCCUAGCUAAAUUGGUGGACCGAAGACAGCAAAAUAGCAAAAAACAGAUGUAUCUCGCUCGCAGUAGUCGCUGGAAACAAUGCAUCGCAAAACACAACAAAUCGACGACAAAAAAAGUCACGAAGGAAGCUGCCUGUUUGUGACAUACAAAACGAUGGGGGUGUCAGGUUGGCUGCUGGUGAAUUUUAGCUUCGAUACCAUAGGUGCUAUCAACAUGAUAGCUUAGCUUUAUUGGACUAUCGUACACAAUUGACAGAGCUAGCUAGAUCGAUGCAUGCCAUUCAUUUGGACUAAUUUGGAGCAGCCAACGCACGAAGCUCAAUUCAAGCUGCUGGCAGCCAAGGCUGGGAGGGUGUCCCGUUUCGUGAUAAACGUUUCACUCUGUAGCUGGGCCAAAACAUCACAGUGCAACUUCCUCACUCGGUGAGUGCAAGGCAUAGAAAGCAACGAAUAAUAUUAACGCCCUUCAAGAAGGAGGCGCGUAUCUUCGCACCGAAAACAUGGCAAAGCGAAUAAUCGCGCCUGCAAACCUUCUAAGCUUAUAGCACCAAGUUGAUAG